AUGAUCUCCACCGCUCCACGGCAUCCCUUCUUCCUGGAGGCCUUGCUGAGCAUCCGACGCUACCUGCAGACCCACAACGCCACCGUGUGUGGCCGGGACCGACGGACCCCCACCUACGAUCUGAUGUUUUUGACCGCCUGGGGGCGGCUCUCGAUGUUGGCGAGGGCCUGGACCGCGGAAGGCCUAAACCAAAGCCGUUUGACCUUCCUCGAGUCGCUCUUCCUUCGGGAGCCCUAUGAAGCCAGCCACGUGCAUUUGGUGUUGCACGUGCUGGCAAACCUGAGCUUGGAAGAGCUGGUGGCGCAUCCGCCCCCGCGCCACGAGCUGCGCUUGGAGCGUUGGCUCGCGAAGCGCCUGGAACGCUCCACCAAGCGUUCACGUCCACACGGCCACGCCACCGAUCUGUCGCCGCCGAUCCUUCGGGUGGCACCGGAUCUGCUGCUGGCGCCCAUCGCGCAAAGCCCCGCGGUGGAGAAGCGCCAGCUGCGCCAGUGGCAUCUGCGCGAGGGCGAAAAAAGCGCUUUUGCUGACGGUGGAGAGGUCCCCAUCAUCCACUGGGUGCCGGGCAUCGGUGUCGGAGGGCGUCGGACGGAAAGCUCCGGAGAACGGCCCAGGCCGCUCGUCCGCGAGCACCUGAUGGGCCUUUGGGGUACUGGCUACAACCGUUUGGGAGUGCCGCGGAUCGCCGCGACGAACGCGGCCGAAGGUGCUGGGCGUUCGAGGCUUGGAACCUUGGUGCUGGUGUGGGGCCUUGAUGAAGAGUUUGGCCAAGAACAGCUGGAUCUGUUGAGCACCUUGGUGCGGAACGAGGGUGGAGGUCUUGGAGAUGCGGUGGAGGACACCGAAGGAAGACCCUCUCGACACCGCUUCGGCCAUCCGAACCGCCCCGAAGGCUCCGACGAGCUGCGCCGCGCCGAGACCUUCGACGCGCCGGGCGCCCGGCGGCGCUUCGCCCGGGGAGCCCAGUGGGACCGGAGCGGUGGGGCUGGUGGGCGCUGUGGAAGCGCUGUUUGGAUGCGCGCGGCGCUGCGUGCAAUCCUGGCAGAACGCCUAGGUGUGGAGCCACAAGAGCUGCAGUUCCAAUAUGGCCCACAUGGGAAGCCAGAGUUGGCCACUCCUUGGGCGCGAAAGCAGCUGAGCUUCAGCGUGUCGCACUCGGGGCAGGUUUGGGUUUUCGAGAGCUUUCUGGGCCUUGCUGAAACCAUGUGCUCUGUCGGCGUUGACCUGGAAGAGCGUCGGCCCAGGCCCUUCUUACGCCUUGCGAAGCGCUUCUUCACGGCGGAGGAGGUCUCAGCCCUGCGACGCGUGGAGGCGGCCCGAUGGCAUCGCAGUGGUGGGAGCGUGGCUGAAGACGCUGGGGAGUGGCUUAUCAGGUCCACCCUGAAGGGGACGCCGCUGCCCAAUCACAGUGUCUCAGUGUCCAUGCCAAAGGGAGUGCCGCUGAAGUUAGAUCAUUUGUCACAGGUGGAUGCACAGGUUUUCCCAGAACUCUCCUGCGUUGGCUAUGGAUCCCUCGUGCAGCGGCAGCGCAGGUCCAUUCCCAAGCGGCCCAUGUUCGGCGCCACGGAUGUUGGAGCCAUCAAGGAUGCCCAGGGCCUCUUGCAAUUGAGCGACUAUGACGAUCUGAAGGCCCUCAUCCUGGACGAGGCGGAGUUGGCGGACGGACGGGAGGGUUUGCUGGCGCAAGAGGAGCUGCCCGAUGGCGUACGGAGGUGGAAAGACGAGAAAGGCGCCGGGUGGGUCGCGCGGCAUCCCAACGGCAAGGGCACCCGCUGGUUCAACAAGACCGUUUGGAAGAGUUGGCGGAUGGCCUUCUUGUUGGCGCGGCUCCAGCGCGAUUUGUGGGGCAUUGUCGACGGCCAGGCAUGUGGAAGUCCAGACCCCGCGGAAGAGGUGAAGGAGAAGGAGGUCGAGCGCCGCAAGCGGGGCCGGCCGCCCAAGAGUCCUGGAACACCAGGUACUCCACGUGCUUCAGCUGCCGGCAGCUCCUCGCGCGGGCGUGGGCGUGGGCGCGGGCUCAAGCGGCCCGCGACGGAGGCUCAGAAGCCGAAGAAGGCGCCGAAGACAGCGCCGAAGAAGACACCGAAGGCGCGCAGCCCGUCACGCACGGCGCCCACACCAGCAGCGCCCACACCAGCAGCGCCCGCACCAGCGGUGCCUCCAGUGCCGCGUGGGCGGGAGGAGAAGCUCCUAGGCGGGCGACAUCGAGCGCUGGCGCUCUUUAACCUCCGCACCGAGUGGGGACGUGAGGCUUUGGCAGGCCUGUUGAAGGACGGCUUCGCGGUGCUUCAUGGCGUCUUCACUCCUGCGGAGUGUGACUUGGCGGUGGAUAAGAUCUGGGACUUCGCCACGGGACGGUGUCCCAACUUGGACCCCAAAGAGGAGACCACCUGGAGCAGUGAGAAUUGGUCGCAGGUGGCUCGUGGGAAGAACCUCUGUCAGCUUCAUGGCGCCGGUUGGGUUUUGUGGGAGGAGCGGCUGCGCUUUCGAGAGCGCUUGGUGGAACGGGGCAUUUAUGCCGAUGUGCCGCACCACGCGAGUUGGGAUGGCUUCCACUUUGGGCGGCCUUCACAGAGACUUUGGGGAAAGUCUCAUUGGGAUCAUACGGAUCAGGUGCUCCUCAAUGGGGAGAGCACGGGGUGCACCUGGAUCCAAGGCCUUGUGCAAUUGAACGACAUGGAUCCUGCCGAAGGGCCAGCCUUCGAGUGCUGGCCGGGCUCGCAGCAGGACGACAUCUUUGUGCCGCUGCAGAAGACGGCAGGCCUUUGCGAAGCGACGCCCAGCGGGAGCAGCUUUCGGCUGCUGACGGAUGCUGGGCGCGGGUGGCUUCAGGGCAAGGGGCUUCAGCGGCAGCGGGUGACGGUGGGUCCGGGUGACGUGAUCCUCUGGGAUUCCCGCCUGGUCCACCAGGGCGGGGCGCCCGCCUCGGCCGACGGCUCGCGCGCGAAGAGCGCUGGCGGACGACGGGUGCGGGGCUGCUUCGGGCGGAUGGUGCAAUACGUCUGUUUAGGUCUGGCCGAGUUCACCUCGCCCUCGGUGCUUCAGAAGCGCCGGAAGUGCUUCGAGUCCGGUGGCGACGCCGUCACCUUGAACCACAAGCCGGACAGCUUCGAGCCCUUUCGGAAGAGUCGACACCAUCCCAACAGCCCGCCGUUGCCCUUCCCGGUGACCCUUCCGCCGAGCGCGCGGCAGCUGCACGGCCUGGGGGAGUGCCGUGGAUCCAAAGGCUUUGGGGAUCCACCGUUGAUCCACCGAGGAAUUGACUCAUGCCACCGCAGCACAGCUGGCCGGAGCCACGGAGACGAUGACGAUGUCCCACCGUUGAACGGUGCGAAAGGUGAAGGGGUGACCGUUGGGUGUGUGGGGAGCACGUUGCAAAGACGUAGCUGGCAGCCAAGGUACUUCUUCUUGCAUGGUCUGCGGCUGCUGCAAUGGGACCUGCCUGAGGUGCUGCGGGAGCAGAAGAUGAUCGCUCGCGGCACGUGGCAGCUGGGUUUCUUUCAUGGCAUCACCGUCUUGCUGCUCUACUGCUUGUUGAGGUGCUUGCUGACCUUCCCGGGCACCAUCCCCGACCACCAGGGAUGGGAGCUCCAGAGCGAAACGUCCGCGGCUGCCUCGCCAGUGGAUGGGGAAAUGAAGUCGGUGCCCAUCACCGAGAAGAAGACCAGUGGCGAUCGGCGGCACUGCAAGUGGUGCCUGAAGUACAAGCCUGAUAGGUGUCACCAUUGUCGGAUUUGCAACUUGUGCGUGCUACGGAUGGAUCAUCACUGCCCUUGGGUCUACAACUGUAUCGGCUUUCGAAACCACAAGUACUUCAUUUUACUGCUGAUCUACUCAGCCAUCGAUUUGCUUUUCAUCACCAUCACCAUGUUCGAGUCCGUCUGGUGGUCCACCCGUCUCGAUGUGAGCCCUGCACUCAUGACGUCGCUCCUCUUCGCUGAGUGCUUCGCGUGUUUCCUUUGCACCGUGAAUUGCCUCUUCUUGGGCUUCCAUGGAUGGCUCACAGUAAACGCCAUGACCACCUUGGAGUUCUGUGAGAAGUCAAUGAAGAUGGCGGGCUACGACUCCUCCAUCUACUCAAAGGGCCUCUACGAGAACGUCUGUGCAGUGCUGGGCCCCAGGCCACUGCUUUGGCUGCUGCCCUGUAGUUUGCCGAAGGGCGAUGGCUUGACGUGGAGCUAA